AUGGAGAACCAACCGCAGGACGUCGACCAGUCCAAGUACAUUGACAAUGCUAUUCGCGCCGUCCGUGAGAAGAAGCCGCUCCCCGAGAUUGACUUCACCCUGCAUACUAUGGAGGAUGGAAACCAAGUGAGCACCCAGGAACGUGUAUGCAAAGACGUACAAGCACCCGCCUUCCACCCGCCCACCGACGAGCAAUUCUUCUCCCCUCAAGAUCGCACAAAGCCCAACAUCCAAUUCCUGAAGCAGCACUUCUAUCGCGAAGGUCGCUUGACCGAACAACAGGCGCUAUGGAUCAUAAAGAAAGGCACAGAGAUCCUCAAGUCGGAACCCAACAUGCUGGAGAUGGACGCACCCAUUACCGUGUGCGGUGAUGUUCACGGCCAAUACUACGAUCUCAUGAAGCUGUUUGAAGUCGGUGGCGACCCAGCAGAGACGCGCUACCUCUUCUUGGGAGACUAUGUCGAUCGCGGCUAUUUCAGUAUAGAGUGUGUUUUGUACCUCUGGUCGCUCAAGAUCUGGUACCCCAACACCCUCUGGCUUCUCCGAGGAAAUCACGAGUGCCGCCAUUUGACCGACUACUUCACAUUCAAGCUCGAAUGCAAGCACAAGUACUCCGAGGCCGUGUACGAGGCCUGCAUGGACUCGUUCUGCGCACUCCCCUUAGCGGCUGUUAUGAACAAGCAGUUCUUGUGUAUACACGGUGGAUUGAGUCCCGAGCUCCACACUCUGGACGACUUGAAGAGCAUUGACCGUUUCCGCGAGCCACCUACCCACGGCCUCAUGUGCGAUAUUCUCUGGGCUGAUCCUCUCGAAGAAUUCGGCCAGGAGAAGACCAACGACUUCUUCGUUCACAACCACGUCCGCGGAUGCUCAUACUUCUUUUCGUACCCCGCUGCGUGCGCUUUCCUCGAGAAGAACAACCUUCUGUCAAUCAUCCGCGCACACGAGGCGCAAGAUGCUGGAUACCGAAUGUACAGGAAAACACGGACGACUGGUUUCCCCAGUGUCAUGACAAUCUUCAGCGCGCCGAACUACCUCGACGUAUACAACAACAAGGCUGCGGUUCUGAAGUACGAGAACAACGUCAUGAACAUCCGACAGUUCAACUGCACACCGCAUCCGUACUGGCUGCCUAACUUUAUGGACGUCUUCACAUGGUCAUUGCCAUUUGUUGGCGAAAAGAUUACUGACAUGCUCAUUGCGAUCCUAAACACCUGUUCGAAGGAGGAGCUCGAAGAGGAGACGCCCAGCUCUCUGGCUUCCGGUCCAUCAUCGCCACCCCUCUCCAGCCUCGACCCAGAUUCGACCGAGUUCAAGCGACGUGCGAUCAAAAACAAGAUUCUGGCGAUUGGUCGCCUCUCUCGUGUGUUCCAAGUGCUGCGCGAGGAGUCUGAGCGUGUCACUGAGCUCAAGACUGCAUCGGGUGGUCGACUUCCCGCGGGUACGCUCAUGCUCGGUGCGGAGGGAAUCAAGCAGGCGAUCCACAGCUUCGAGGACGCACGCAAGGUUGAUUUGCAGAACGAGAGGCUCCCGCCGAGCCACGAAGAGGUGCGAAAGUCUCAGGAGGUUAGCCGAGAGCAGGCUCUCGAGAAGGCCACCAAAGAAGCCGACAACGACCAAGGUCUCGCGACUGUCGCAAGACGCAUCAGCAUGUAA